AUGAAUCAUGACCUUCAAAAAGAUUUAAAAACGGAAAAUAUCGAUUAUUUAACAUGUUCGUAUACAAAUGCGAUCUCUUUAAAUAAUAAAUUUGACGAAUUCAUUGAUGAUAUAUCCAGAUCUAAGGCUCAAGUUAUAUUUGCUUGUGAGACGUGGUGGUCAUCAAUGUCUACUACUAAUAUUCCUGGUUAUAAACUGUUUAGAAAAGAUCGUCAAUUUAGUCGUAGUGGUGGUGUAUGUAUUUACAUACAAGAGAAUAUUAAAUCUUAUGAAAUAAAUGAAAAAUAUCUAAUAAAUGAAAAUAUUGAGCAAUGGAACGAUGAAAGUUUUAGUAAAAUUAUAAAUGACAGUGACACAACAGCAAGUAUGUUUAUUGAGUCGUUACAUGACUGUUACCUGCACCAAAAUGUUAUCAGUCCUAGUUUUCAAGUAAAGUUUGGUAUUGAUACUAACAUUUUAGACCUCAUUUUGACUGAUAAUAGCAACAGAGUUUAUUUUCAUGAACAUUUUCCACCGUUAGGUGGUAUCGAUCAUGGUCAUCAUAUUUUGAAAUUUCGAUUUGGACUAAGUGUUAAUGAAUGUUACAAAAAAUGGCUAAGAAAAUAUGAAAUAGGAUGUGAAAAAUAUAUCCCAACGCUAAAUUUAGAUAAAAACUCUUUUCAACUAAAAAAUAACUCACUAUGGAUGACAAGUGAACUUAAAAGCAUGUGUAAAGAAAAAAAAAAUGUUGGUUUAGAAACAGAAAUUCAGAAAAGUAUUCGCAAUUUUGAAAAAAACUUGGCACUUAAUUCAAAAAACAAUCCUAAAAGUGUCUAUGCUUAUAUAAACAACAAAACAAGAUUUAAAGACUCGAUCAAAGCCAUAAAGCUACAUAAUGGUAUUAUAACUACUGAUAAUCAAGAGAUAGUAAACACUCUUAAUGAAUUCUUUGCUUCUGUGUUUAUACAAGAUGACUCAUCAGAAGAAGUUUUAGACGACAAUCUUUUAACAAAAUUUUCUGAUCCAGAAUUUAGUAUUUCUAUUAUUCAGAAACAUUUGAGUAAUUUAAACAUGUACAAAUCAGUAGGUCCAGAUAAUGUUUACCCAAAAGUUUUAAAGGAAUGUUCAGAAUCUUUGUCAAGUUCUUUAGCAAUAAUAUUUGUUGAAUCGUUUAUUACAGGAUCUAUUCCAAAGUUAUGGUCAUGUGCAAACGUUGUUCCGUUAUUCAAAAAAGAAAAUAAACUAGAUCCAACAAAUUAUAGACCGGUUUCAUUAACAUCAAUUGUUGACCGAACACAGAGGGUUGUGAUAGGGGAAUAUAUUUCAAGUUGGAAGAUGGUUACUAGUGGAGUACCACAAGGUUCAGUACUCGGACCUCUUUUGUUAGUUAAAUGGUCUGAAGAUUGGUUAAUUACAUUUAAUGAAUCAAAAUGUAAAGUCAUGUAUAUUGGCAAAAAGAAUCCAAGAUAUGAAUAUAAAUUGAAUAACUCUGUUUUAACAGAAACAAUGAUAGAAAAUGAUCUUGGGAUUUUCAUUUAA